UACCAUGUCAUAAAAACCAAAAAAAGCGCGAUAAUGUUGAUGUUUUAAUAAAAUUUGAAUUUUAUUUAAUUUGAGUAAUAUUGUGAAUGUCAAUAUUAUGUUUUUUGUUUUCUGGAUUAUCUUAUCGUAUUAGCGGAUAGUAACUUCAUGCAUCUUUCUGUCAUUCUUUGAUUUUUUUAUAAUAUCAUGCCUUAAAAAUUCUUGUUUAAAGAAGAUACAUAUCAAUUCCGUUAUAAUGUUUGGCGAAAAGGUUAUAGAAUUAUUAAAAGAAUCUGAGAGGAGUCGUGAAACAAUGGAUCAAUAUAGUGAUGUUAUAGUACGUCAAAUCAUCGAUGAAAUGCAUGUAUUGUACAAGUUGAACAUGAAUGAUGCGAAUGCCACAACAGAGAAUAAAUCACUUUGGACAACUGUACAAGUGAGACAUUCUGCAUUAGAGCGUAACAAAAGAUGCCUACUUGCCUAUUUAUAUAAUCGCAUGAACAAAAUAAAGACAUUACGCUGGGAAUUUGGUGCUAUACUGCCUCCAGAUAUAAGAGAGUUGCUCUCGGACAGUGAAUAUGAAUGGUUUUCUAAAUACUCAACUAAUUUAGCAAGUUACAUGAGGUCACUUGGUCAAGACCUUGGAUACAGUGGGAUUGAUUUAACUGAGAAUUUGAGGCCACCUAAAUCAUUAUUCAUUGAAGUAUUAUGUGUAACAGAUUAUGGAAAGCUUGAGUUGGAAGAUGGCGAUGUUGUGAUGCUGAAAAAGAAUAGUAGGCAUUUCUUGCCAACAUCUGAGUGUCAGACACUAAUCAGGCAAGGUAUUCUCAAGCAAAUAACAUAAGUAAUAAAUUAUUUUUGCAAA